AGGGGUCUGAUCGUGUCGCUCCGCCCUGAGAUCAGACAGGAAGUGAAUGGAGAAACAGACUGAGAACAGGCCAGAGUUUCACACACACACUCUUUCAUGAAAUAAACUCAUGAAAUACCAGCUGAGCACGCCACUCAACAACACACACUACAGAACACAGCACAGCACCUCUGAAGUGCGUCAGACGGAAGAAACUGCUCGGAAGAGAUGAGAUGCGCGCUUUACUCUUCUAAACUAGUUUAACUAGCUCUACACGCGAGGAGAAACGUGCUGUUUGCUGCAGGUCAUGGCGCAGGAGAGCGUGGUGCAGUACGAGCCGGUGGCGGAGAUCGGCGGCGGCGCUUACGGGACCGUCUACAAGGCUCGAGAUAGAGACAGCGGGCAGUUUGUGGCUCUGAAGAGUGUGAGAGUGCAGACCAAUCAGGACGGCCUUCCUCUGUCCACGGUGCGAGAGGUGGCGCUGCUCAAACGACUCGAGCAGUUCGACCAUCCCAACAUCGUCAGGCUGAUGGACGUGUGCGCCACACUGAGAACAGACCAGGAAACUAAAGUGACUCUAGUGUUUGAACACGUGGAUCAGGACCUCAGGACGUAUCUGGAGAAAGUGCCGGCACCCGGACUGCCCAUCGAUCGGAUCAGAGAUUUGAUGCAGCAGUUGCUGUGUGGUCUGGCGUUCUUGCACUCAAAUCGAGUUCUCCAUCGGGACCUGAAGCCAGAGAACAUCCUGGUGACCAGCAGAGGGCAGGUGAAGCUGGCUGACUUCGGUCUGGCGCGGAUCUACAGCUGCCACAUGGCGCUCACACCGGUGGUGGUGACGCUGUGGUAUCGCUCUCCUGAGGUGCUACUCCAGACCACUUACGCUACGCCGGUUGACAUCUGGAGCACCGGCUGCAUCUUCGCUGAGAUGUUCAGACGCAAACCUCUCUUCUGUGGAGAUUCAGAGGUGGACCAGCUGGGCAAGAUUUUUGCGGUGAUCGGCCUGCCGGCUGAAGACGAGUGGCCCACUGAUGUCACUCUGUCUCAACAGAACUUCAGCCCUCAAACCCCUCAGCCAAUCACAGACUGCGUUCCUGAGAUCAGUGAGAAGGGGGCGGAGCUCUUAUUGGAAAUGCUGACGUUUGACCCGUUGAAACGCAUCUCUGCGCUGAAUGCUUUGGAGCAUCCGUUCUUUACCGAAUGAGCGCUUUAUUCCCAUUAUUCACUGCAGUUCCAGGUCACAGAUGCAGCCUGGACCAUGAAGAGCGUUUUUCCACCACAUACUUAAGGACUGAAUAUUCAACCAUUCCUGUCUGUGUGUCUAAGCGUGUCUGUGAGUGUUUUCAGUGUUGUACAGGAUGAUUGACUUAAGUGUCAUAUUUCUCUGCCUUUACAGUGUAUUGUGGGUCAGUGGAUCAUUAUCAUUAGCAGGUGCUAUGACGCUGCAUUUCAUUUCUGCCAGGAAAGUACUCUCUCUGUCUGUCUGUGUGUGUAAGAUUGUUAUCCUGUGUCCAGCAUCAGUGCGCUGGUUUCACUGCCGCUCUGUAUGUUUCCACCAGACAAAAGGCCCCAAAAACUGAUUUGUGAUCAGGAUCUCGUUAAGUCUGCUAAGACUGACGCAAAACAAAACUGCCAUUAGAGUCGAAGAAGCCAUUCACGACUUUUACUAUCCAACUGAAAUAAAAUGAUUUUGUUUAUAAAUGUGUGGAUUUUAAUUUAGUUUAAUCAUCAUAAUAACAUCUAACUGUUACAUGAGAUCUGGUGAUGAAAUAAAGCUGCUGAAUUGAAUGAAAUGGGUUGUAAUGCGGCAUGUUUGUUUGUGGGUAGGUUAUUUAAGUGAUGUAUAUUAUGUCUGUCUCACU